CAGAUUGCUGGUUGGUCAUCGAUGUUGUGUUGAGAAGGUGACAUUUUGUAGUUGGUCGCCUUUGCUCAGUAUCUACACCACUUGGACCGUUAACUGGUGACAGGAAAAUAAAGUCACCAUGGCUUCUCUCGGGAGGGCUGCUUAUGUCCUCCGAGGUGGCAUGCAGCUUGUUCGACGAGGGCCACAGAGACAAGUCGUCAGAAGGGCAGGAGGCGGCCCACACAUUGAGCCCCAGUACAGGAUGCCUCCUCAACUCACCAAGAACCAGGUUUUCCAGUCGGAGCUGCUAUCCAGUGCUAUGUGGUUCUGGAUCCUGUGGCACUCCUGGCAUGACCCAGAUGCUGUGUUGGGUCACUUCCCAUGGCCAGAUACAUCUGCGUGGACAGAUGAGGAGUUGGGAAUCCCCCCUGACGAUGAGUGAGGUUCCUCCAUAUUAGUGAAGCUGACUUUCAGGUCCCCUCCACCCUGUGAUCUGCAGCACAAGAAUGCCCUGAAUGGUUGAUUCUGAAGUCAGUGUUGUAAAUAGACAGUCUGGUUUCUCACCAUAACAAACUUCCUUCAACCUAAGAACGUGGAUGUGAUGAAAGAAACAGCUGACAUGUGCAUAACAUUGUUUUGACUUAAUAAACAGAUUUAUUUGCCACUUGAAA